AUGGCAUGGAAUUUUCACUGCUCUCCAAAACGUCCACCGGGGUUCCAGCAUGAUCGCCGCCAUCAUUUCUCUACCCCAAAGAACGAGGAGAGUCUCAUUUCAUCUGCUGUUUUGCUCGAUGAACAUUUCACGGCGGUAGUAGCUAGAAGAGUGUUCAAGGAACAACUCUGUCCAUUGCCACGUAUCAUCUUUGUUUUCCUACAGCGAGUAUUGGUUAAACACUCAUUCGCCAAUGGCACGGACUUUAUUCAGUCGCCAGAAUCUCAAGCCAGACCCGCCCUUCGAUCCAUACCAGCCCCACCAUGCCAGCCCCGCCUCGAGAGAAUCUAG